CCGUAUUGAAUCUAUCAAUCUUCUUAUUAACUGAGCGUCUCUAUGACAACCUAGGAAAUAAUAUCAAAACCUUAUUAUGAAAUCUGGAGGGCCAGAAGUACUAUGAAGCUUAAAUUGACUAUUCCCAAAGAUCUAAAGCAUUCUGACGUAGCUAGUUCUAUUGGUUGGUCCACUACAAGUCAACUGUACUCCAUUGGCGAUGACCAUAUUAUUUUUCGGUGGGAUUUGAAAACCAAUGAGAAAACAGAGGUUGCCAAGCUACCAAAGGAUGUCUACUGCACUGAUGUCCAUUGGUUCCCUGGUCAUCCUGGGAAGAAACAAGCAACCCAGUCUGAGUCAUUUGCAUUGGCAUGCACCGAUGGUCGAUUUCUUUUGGUAUCAAAGACAGGACGUGUUGAAAAGACAGUCGAUGGACACAAAGGAGCUGUCCUUGGAGUGAGAUGGGCUGUACCUGAUGGAUCUGCACUUUUAACAUUUGGAGAGGAUGGCGCUGUCAAGAUAUGGUCUAAGACUGGAAUGUUGAGGACUGUACUCGUUCAAAAUGCCAUCCCAGUAUAUGCAGCAUGUUGGUCCCCUGACAGUAACCAAGUGCUCUAUACCAGUGGGAAGACGCUAAUAAUAAAGCCACUUCAGCCGUCAUCCAAGCCUAGUGUGUGGAAAGCACACGAUGGGAUCAUACUAGCGAUAGAUUGGAGCAGUACAGCUGGACUCAUCAUCUCUGGGGGAGAGGACAGGAAAUACAAAGUAUGGGAUAAUUAUGGAAGACUGAUGUAUUCCUCAAUGCAAAAUGAUGGACCAAUUACUUCUCUUUCCUGGACACCUGAUGGUGAACUGUUUGCUGUUGGUGGGUUUAAUACCUUGAGAUUGUGCGAUAAAGCUGGGUGGUCUCACAGUCUUGAUAAGCCACAGUGUGGGACAAUAUUCAAACUAGCCUGGUCUGAUGAUGGUACAAAUGUUGGAUGUGCCAGUGGAAGUGGGCAAAUAAUCAUAGGGAGUAUAGUUGGAAGACGUAACGAGUGGCGUCACUUGGAGGCUGUUGUAACAGAUGAAAAUAGUAUUACUGUAAGAAACGCUAAGAAUGACUCAAAGGAGUACAUAAUUUUGAAUGACCGGAUAGUUAAAGUUUCCUUGGACUGGGGUCACCUUAUAGUAACCACUGGCAGCCAAUGCAAUGUGUAUAGUGAGCGCAACUGGACAAUCCCGGUGACAGUUGAUCUAAGAGGAGGUGUGGUGAAUCUCAUUAAACAGGCCGAGAGGUUCUUUCUAGUGGUUGAAGUCUCAACUGGCAUACAGAUCAUAUCAUAUGAAGGACGCAUAGUCUCCACUAUAAAGAGCUCAGCACUUCAAGUGGACUCACUCAAUACUCAUAUAGUAUCACUAUCAAAUGAUACUGUAGCUAUUAGAGACUCAAGAGAUCACAAAAUAAUUCGUGUGUAUGAUGCAGUGAGUGGUCGGGAAUUACAUGAUGUCCAACACAAACACGACAUUGAGACUCUCGAUCUGAGUCGCUCGAAUUCUCAAAGAUGCAUCUCGUUCACUGAUAAGAAUCAUGAUCUGUACGUAAUGCAAGUUUUAAAGAAUGUGACUGCACCAAUCAGCAUAGGGUCAAUGGUUACAUCAAUGUCAUGGAACAAUCAAUACGAUGUAUUGGUUGGCACUCAAGACAAGAAAGUAGUUGCCUGGUAUUGUCCUCCAGUGGUUGGUACAGACAUUGACCUCCUCCCAUUGAUCACUGUUGAACUGAAUGGAGUUUAUUCAAAGAAUCCAAAAGUUGUUUCAUUCAUUGGUAAUCAUGUGACAUUACGCAGAUCAGACGGUGCCAUCAUAAUGACAAGCAUUUCUCCAUUCCCUUGUGUGCUUCAUCAACAUAUGCUAACAGGACAAUGGAACAGUGCUGUUAAACUCUGUCGUGUUGCUAAGGAUAGAGGACUAUGGGCAUGCUUGGCUGGAAUGGCAACUAGCAUGAAAGAGCUAGGCACUGCUAUUAUUGCUUAUUCAGCUAUCAAUGAAGUUGAUAAGAUUCGCUACUUGAAGUUCAUUCAGGGUCUAAGCAGUAAUGAGCUCAGGUUAGCUGAGCUGGCAUUGUUUUGCCGUCAACUCCAGGCAGCUGAAUCAAUGUUUGUUCAGGCUGGGUUUGUAUUUAGAGCAAUAGAAAUGAACAUGGAAUUGUUUCAAUGGGAAAGAGCUCUCGAUUUGGCAAUACGGCAUAAGACUCAUGUUGAUACAGUCCUGGCAUUCAGACAAAAGUAUCUUGAGGAAAUAGAUUCUAAAGAAACCGUAAAGAAGUUCCAGCAAUACACAGAAAAAAUUGCUAUUGACUGGGACAAAGUUAUCGCUAAAGUUACCCUUGAACAUGAAAAGAUAAAAUGAAUAAGCAUAAUUAUUAUUAUUACUACGGUCUUCUCAGCUCUCUUAU